AUGAGGAGGUGCUCUCACGUUCUGCCUCUCACUGUGCUCGCUGCUCUACUGCUGUCUCAGGUCUGCUCUGGCAUCAAAUGGCUAGCCAUAUCACACACACCUAAGACUUUGCACAUCAACCAGACUCAACAUUGUAAACUGUUGCCUGGUUUGGUGUCGUCCCAAGCUCAACUGUGCCGUAGCAACAUGGAACUCAUGCAGACUAUCAUCCAAGCAGCCCGUGAAGUCAAGAAAACAUGCCAAAAGACCUUUGCUGACAUGCGCUGGAACUGCUCCUCCAUAGAGAUUCCCACCGAUUCAUCCAAGUAUCGUCCAGACCUUGAUCGAGGAACCAGGGAGUCUGCAUUUGUCUAUGCACUUUCUGCUGCCACCAUUAGCCACACCAUUGCCAGGGCAUGCACGUCUGGAGAUUUGCGUCUGUGCUCAUGCGGUCCCAUCCCAGCUGAGAUCCCGGAGCCUGGUUAUCGCUGGGGGGGCUGCGCUGACAACCUGCACUAUGGUUUGGUUAUGGGUUCCAAGUUUGCAGAUGCUCCAAUGAAGAUGAAACGUGCAGGCUCCCAUGCAAACAAACUAAUGCACCUACACAACAGUGAAGUUGGAAGACAGGUACUGAGGGAGGCAGUGGUGAUGAAGUGUAAAUGUCAUGGUGUAUCUGGCUCCUGCUCAAUAAGAACCUGCUGGAGAGGCCUUCAGGAUUUAAGAGAGAUUGCCAUGGACCUGAAAAUCAAGUAUCUAUCAGCUACCAAGGUGGUUCAUAGACCCAUGGGGACACGCAAGCAACUGGUGCCCAAAGACAUUGACAUCAGGCCUGUGAGGGAGAAUGAGCUGGUCUAUCUGCAGAGUUCCCCAGACUUCUGCACCAAGAAUGAGAAACAGGGUUCAGUUGGUACACAGGACAGGCAGUGUAACAAAACUUCAGCUGGCAGUGACAGCUGUGACCUGAUGUGCUGCGGCCGUGGCUACAACCCAUACACGGAGAAGCUCGUGGAACGUUGCCAUUGCAAGUACCACUGGUGCUGCUACGUGACCUGCAAGAAGUGUGAGCGGAUAGUAGAGAGAUACGUCUGCAAAUGA